CAGAGGGACGUCUAGGGGAAUAAGUUGGAAACGCACGAGCGUUACGUGAGGGUAGUGUGGACGCACGAGAAGCAAGAGGGGUGCAACGAACCCUCUAGGUUCGGUUCGAGUCCACGGAGCUCGGAGUUGUGUUCGAAUCAUGGCGACACCCGACCCCGUAGACCCAGCCACCCUAGAGAUAAAGACCCGUAGCAUAGAACAGACACUACACCCACUAGUAAAAGAGAUCUCCACCUUAGUGUCGCACAGAGAACGUCCGCUAUGCUCGGACAGAAGUCUCCGUGUGAUCGCCAGAGUCGGGCAAGCCGUCAAUCUGGCAGUCGAGAGGUUCGUCACCGUCGGCGAAAAAAUAGCAGAUGACAAUCCGGAGAUCUCGGAGGACAUGUACGAAGCGUGCAAGAGGGCACGGGACGCUGGCUCGGCGAUCGAGAAAUUAUGCGAAUACGCGAGGGAGGAUAGCCUGGCCGACCGGGGCUCCGUCGUGAGAGCCGCGAGACGUCUUCUCGGCUCCGUGACGAAGGUCCUCCUGCUCGCUGACAUCGUCGUUGUCAAACAGCUUCUUCUCGCGAAAAAGAAGGUGGCUCGUAGCCUCGGCCGUCUCGAGAGUGUCUCGAACUUCACCGAGUUCGUCAAGGCAUUCAGCCAGUUCGGGGCGGAAAUGGUGGAGUUGGCACAUUUGACGGGUGAUCGCCAAAAUGACUUGAAAGACGAGCGACGGAGAGCACAAAUGGCCGCGGCUCGCCAAGUUUUGGAGAGGAGCACCAUGAUGCUGCUCACGUCUAGUAAAACCUGCCUGAGGCAUCCGGAAUGUCCGUCUGCUAGAGAAAACAGGGACACCGUAUUCUGCCAGAUGAGAAGAGCGAUGGACUUGAUACAUUAUGUGGUCAAGGAUGGUGUGUUGGACUGCAGCGAAUCACAGUCCAACUCUCAAAGCCCCCAGCAGGAAGAUUGGGACAGCAGCACAGCUUUCUCCGCACUGAAGCACUUCGAGAGGCUAGUGGAAACCACAAGAAUGACUCUCCUAGGACCUGGAUGCCGAGAAACACUCACGGCCGCGUUAGAUACCGUCAUCGAGAGAACGCAAGAUUUCACCGACAGCGCGUACACCAGCCACGAGCACAGAGAAAAUAUCCUUUUGCUCUGCGAUCGGUUGGAACUCGAACUAAAUACCCUGCUAAGAAUUGGCAAUAGCAUGAACUAUGAAGGUGGUGGCGGUUCCCCAAGUUCCGAAAUGGAGCAAGCUGUCCUGAGUUUGUUACGUACCACCAGGGAUCUUCGUCAGCAACUGUGCACGACCACAAUGGAACAAGCGGCAGAUCUCGGUCAGGUAACCAAAGCGGGCCAGGAACUUGUCUCGACGAUCAGGGACGUCGCUUUGGCCAACGACAGAUACCAUCUACAAGAGAGCAACGAAAAGUUUCGCGAAUGCAUUGAACACAUCCUCGAAGUGUGCAAAAUGUUGAGACAUGUUGCGCUCUCGGAAUCGUUGCAAGUUUCAGCGAAGUUUACGGAGAUUAACUUAAGAAUAUACGGUCCCCAAGUGGUAACUGCGGCGUAUACUUUAGCCAGACACCCUAACAGUAAAAUUGCCAAGGAAAAUUUGGAAGUGUUCGCCGACAUGUGGCAAUGGCUUAUGACUGAUGUGACUACCAUGACGAAAGACGUGCUCGAGCUGAACCAGAACCGGCCAGAGAAACAUUACAUGUCCUUGCCACGACCAGGAAAACACGGGACAACGAGCAAGCCGUUGAAACCGGUGAAGCUGGAUAGCGAGGAGCAGGCAAAGAUAGCGAAGGCCGGAUUAGAGAUGAAGCUGAUCACCUCGGAGAUGGACGCCGAGACGGAGAAGUGGCAGGAGAGCGGCACCGCCCUGGAGGAGAACAACGACAUUGUGAAACGCGCCAAGAACAUGUCCUCGAUGGCGUUCUCGAUGUAUCAGUUCACGAGGGGCGAGGGCGCGCUGAAGACGACCCAAGAUCUGUUCACUCAAGCUGAGUAUUUCGCCGAGGAGGCGAACAGAUUGUACAAGGUUGUGAGACAAUUCAGCUAUCAGGUACCAGGGGGAGCGCACAAGAAAGAUCUACUGGAGAAUCUCGACCGUGUACCGACUUACGUCCAACAGCUUCAAUUCACCGUGAAAAACCCCACCGUCGGGAAAGCCGCAACAUUCACCAAGGUCGAUAACGUGAUACAAGAGACUAAAAAUUUAAUGAACGUGAUUUCGAAAGUGGUCACCACGUGCUUCGUCUGCGCCACAAAGUACAACCUGGAUUUCCGAGGUCUGUCGGCGCAUGGGACCGGCGGCUCGCCGUACAGGGGCGGAGAGGGUGCAGGCGCCGACGGCGACGGUGGCGGUGCUGGUGUCGACGGCAGCAAGACGGGCUCCGCCCCCGGCAGCGACCCGUCCGUCUGACAGUUUGGGAUGGCCCGACGGGCCAAGGGGGACGCUCGCCGCACCCGGGUUUCCUUUCUACUUUUCUAGGAAGAGCCCUCGCCUGCCCCAGCGAAACGUACACGUCGAGCAUCCCCGACAAUGCGACGGCGUGUCGACUGCCGAAGGAAGUCGCGAGUUCUUCCGACGGGAUUUCGUUCGAAGGAAUCGCGCGCACGGUUCUUAAGCAUGCACAGUAGGAACCUGGCUGUGUUUCGAAGGGCUGAAAACCAUACGCUCCUUAUCUUAUGAAUUUUCUAGUAUAUAAUCGAAACGUUCCUAAUCCUAAAAAUUCUUACUCUUACUUAUUUAUUCUAUUUGAUUCUGUUAAUCACGAACGGUUAUUAUAAUGUACUAUGUACGAUUUUCACAAAUGAGGACAACUAAGAUAGGGAUUAAAUACAUUAGCUUACGUCAACAUGAUUUUCAGCCUGGCAGAAAUAACGUGAGUAUCAAACUUUUAUUUUUUUUUUAUUCUUUACUUUUUGUUCAUUGAGGAAGCCAUUCUAUACCACAGGUUGUAAAUCUUUUUGAUAUUAUUUAUAAGUAUCAGCGGGUAUGGAAAUUAAACGUCGGAAUAUUAUGAAAUAACAGAAAUCCCUUCGGAAGUCGUCUUUCUUAAAGCACACAGUUUGCUCUAAAAAAAAGUCUCUGACAGAGCACAAAGAAAAUACAGACUUGAAUCGAGGAACUAAUUACGUUUUGCUCGUUCUUCACUAGAAUGAAACAAACGUCUGGCGGAAUAUUCGCCGGAAGUUCGGUUAACGAAAAAUAAUUUAUCGGUGCUACAGGACGAAUCGACUGGUUCCCUGGCUAAAUAAGAAUUAAUUAGGUGAUAAGCUGACCGCAUAAUUUCUUACAAGCACACCGUAUCCGAACGACGGAUGAGACCUUCGUGGACGCUCGGUUCCCGGAGGACAAUACGUAGUAUAAUCGGCGUGUACGUUUCCCAGUCACGAUUGCCGCGAGCACAAGCUAUUAUUCCAGCGAUUAGUCAGAACACAUACAUGUUUCUGCGUUGCUCAAUCGUAGACAAUUUAUUUCGGCUCGAGUUGCAAGUUCGAAGAGCGAUUUUCGUAAAAUAUGAAACAGACGGCAGGGAACCGAAACGAAUUGAUGAGAGAGCCAGGCACGCUUUUGCACCACGAAUGCACGCGUGGACCGUGAGCAGGCGUGAUCAAGUGUUAGUCGAAUUGCUGAAUUAAUUCUCUGUCCGGUAAAUAAUUUCCAAAACAUGUUACGCGGAACGAUCAAUUUUUCAUUUACGAAUUCCACGCGAAUCUCAUAUGGAAACGAUUUAGACUAACAAAUCCGGAGAUUCCGCGAUGGAACUACACAUUCACGGUGGCAAUAAUGUAACCAUAUCAGAGAAACAUCGACGUCCAAACGCUUGGCAAGAAUCGCUUUGCGCUGCUUGAACGUUCCAGGCUUUUUCGUGAAACCAAUAAUCAACGGGGUCGUACGUGUCGCUUGCUGCUUCGAAAUUCAACACAGAGCAAUACAGUCUUAACGAAAUAAUGUAGUGGCAGCGAAGCGUAUUUGAAAUGCAGCGCGUCACGUUCUCGACGGAUUAUGCUUCUUGCACCGACUUUGUUGCUCAACCAAGUCUUUUACCGACGAUAAAAAAGAAUGAAAUCGUUCUUCCAUGUAAACAAGUUGGUGCAACGACAAUAACUAAAUUGAGCGUUCAAAAGUCAACUCCCACUUGUCAUACUUCUUUUGACUUUAAUGAAAGAGUAUUUCUGAAAAUAGUCUGUUUCCUGUGACAGCGUGUCAUUAACGCAGCGCGCUGCAUCGAAUAAUGCUUUUUAAAAUUCGCUUUCGACGUUUGGUAUUCAAUACAUGCCGAGUUUUGCACUUCGACGAACGAACAAUCUUACUUGUCGCAAUAACCGCAAUUUAGAAAAUGUUUCUUUACCUAAACAGUCACGAUCUAGCGUCGAGCUGCAAUCAGAUUCCAUCAAUGAUGUAUAUGCAAGAAGUUAAGACUGUUCGUUCCACGGUUCGACUCUCUUUCUGCAGCUUCGUCUAUUGUAGUUCGACAAACAAACAGACGGAAGAGAAGAGAGUGCUAGGCUGCAAUUAUGCGAGCGACCAGAUUUUUAUUGAAAGCACAGCAAAUACAAUGGGGCAGGAGAUGGUCAUUGAGGGUAACCUGGGGGCGGCAGCAGGGCGGUCAGGGACGUACUUUGUGGCAAAGACCAACCAUGGCUCACUCACCCGAAAUCUCGUGACUCGGUUAGCCAAAAAAAAAAUAUAAAAAAAAAAAUGAAAAACAGAAACGUAUCGCUCGAUUAAACUGGAGCGCGACUGCUGCUUCUUCUCUUACUAUCAGAAUCAAAGUUCCGAGGAUCAACGAGCUUUUCGUCGAGUUGAGCAACACGGAACAGUCGUUAGAAUAAAGCUUCCUUCACAGUGCCACAAAAGAAUCGCCAUCGUGUAAUAUUAUUCUAAUGUUCGCGCAGAGUCGUCUUUGAAACCGCUUGAAGUUACGCGUUCGCUGCGACGACGGAGCGAACGACAAGUCACGUAAACGUUUAGAGUUGGUCAGAAACUCGAGUCGAUUAAGAGAACGUCACCACUAGACCGCAUAUGUACAGGUAAAUCGCAUUUUUAUAAACGCAGAGAGAAAUUUAAAUACGAAUAAAAAUUUUCCACUCACUUCCUAAACGAUUCAUUCUGAAGAUUCGAGAUUCGUACAAAUGCAUAAACAAACAUCGGCGGUCUACUGAUACGUAUUUCAUUUCAUCAAUUAAGAAACGUCAGAGUAAUAAUAAAUCACGCCCGAGCAUAAUUAUAAUGAACCCAUGCCGUUACUCGUAUAAGAAUUACGGAGGAAUCACGCUAAUUGUAUAAAUACAUAUAACAGUUCAAUCAAGGUGUUUUUUAUACACGGUGGAAAUGAACGUUAAGUCGAAGAUCGCGGGCAUUUCGCAUAUACUACUUCCCAAUCUUAUUGGCUCGUAUUAAUAUCGGAGCUUCAUCCGGUGAUUUCCUACGCUAUUCAGACGAGGAAGCUUCCUUUCGCGAAGCUACGGCCGAAGACGUUUAAAGAACAAACGACUUUUGCUCAUUACCGAUGUUCUCGUAUUCGACGAGAACGCGAGGAUCGUUUGUAUGUACAUAUAAAGUCAUAAGUUUCAUGCGAGUUAAUCAUUACGUCGACCAGUCAUGCAUUUCUCGUACUUACCAGAUAUACAUAAAUAUAUAUAUAUAUAUAUAUAUACAUAUAGAUAUAAAUAUAAAUACUGCUAUGGAAGAUCGAUUCUGUAUGUAUUAUACAGAGUUGGCACAAAGAAUGCAUAACACUGUAACGAUCACUGAAAUCUGUGGACGGAAACGGGUCAUAUCCGUCGGUGGUGGGAAGUCAAAGUACUAUAAUACAAAUCUAAAUGUAUAAGAAAACAGGCGAAUUAUCCGCGUUAGAUUAAAUGUCUUUACAUUUUAAAUUCGCAUGAAAAUCAAGUCUAUGUGUUAUUAUCGUCUCGUGAAAAGAUAUUGACCUUCUCCUCGUCGACGGGUAAGACCCGUACGGUCGAUAUGAGAUUGAAAUUAGCAAAGUUGACAGCGAACGAGGCCCAAGUGCCUCGCGAUCCAAGGGGAUGUUGACGGAUCCUCGAGAUGUUCCUAGAGUGUAAUUACGUACGCGUAACCUCGCAGGAAUGUAAUAUCCGACGUUGUUCCAAACAACGUGUCAUUGUAACACACGUGCUCGACGCGUUUGUACAAACUCUGUAUCAUACUUUGUCCGCGGUCUUUUAGCAUAGUACAUUAUCGUAUUUACGUAUGGUGUUGGUCAGUCGUUAAGGGAGUAAGCUUAAGUUUUUUUGUAUAAAACAGCACAAAUAUUUUAUAAGAGGUGUAACGGGGAAUGAAUCUCGUCGCGAGCGUUGAGUUCUCAUCAUUCAUUGCCGGGUCGAGUUAUUAGUGGUUCAUAGAUAUCGUUAACGAUUGGCUAGAAACCGGUCCGCUCGAAACUCGACAGAUCUUUUGGAGAUGCGAAAGGUGGUUCUUCUUGGGGUGAAAGUGUCUCGUCGAUUCUCGACGUAUUAUUAGAAACGUUCAUGAUCUCAUCGGCCGAAUUGACUUCGAGUAUGAAAUCAGUUUUCCCAGAUCGUAGAUACAUUCUCCUGCAAGUCUCGAUUCCAGGGUCAGUCCAAAGUUCGAGAUCUAGUGGACACAGUUUUAGGUCAGAUCGACUUUGUUGUUUCCUAUGUAAGGUGGAAUUCUCAUCGCAUAUUAAACAUUAACACCAGUGGUGAUAGUACGCGUUAGCUCAUCCGAAUCCUAGUCGUUGCAUAGAAAGUCGGUUGAUAAGUGUACCGUCGUAUCGAAUAAUGUCGUUAGGUAUGUUAACAAUAACAGUAACGAUAAGGAAUCGCAAUGAUAAACGGUAGCUUGGCGUUCGAUCCCGGAGAUAGGUUCGAUCCCUUCUUUCGUUCAGUCACUUGUCAAGCAGAAUCACAAAGCUGCGAACGUCUCUCGUAGCCUGAAAUUUGCAAAUUCGUCGUAUAUUUAUACUCUACCUCAAUUCGUAGCACAGAUGUUAUUUGGAAAGGACAGUGGACAAGCGAAAUUUUUUAAAGGACGAAGUCUGAAGCAAUUAGAUAACUUGUAGAUAGAAUUUUGUUGACGAUUUGAGAAGAAUAAGGAAAGGAAUCGAAGCAAUGGGCGAGCGCGAGACAUGCCUAGACAGCGGCUCAUAGUUGCCAUCGACUGUGCCUACCUUCUUCUAAUUAUACGCGUACUUACAUAUGUAAUACGUUUUUACAUGGGAUUAACACGUGUGCACGCGAGAGAUAACAUAUGUCCGUGCGACGACGUUCGCUUUGUGGCUGUUUCGUGCUCUGAACAAAGAUAACAGAACAUAAAAAUCCAACGCUAGCGGUAACGAACGAAGUACAUAGUGCAAAAAUUGUAAUAUUAAUAUUAACGUAAUAUACAUAUACAUAAUAUUAUUAUCGAUUAGCGACGACUACUGUUAGUUGAAAUAUUUCGUGCCUGUGGUGUAAUAUUACCGGUGAUCAAUAUUUCAUUGUCUUCAGUCUUCAGUUAAGAAAUGAAAGAUGAAAAAAGAUAAAAUAGCCUUGCACCAAGUAUUUGAGAAAUGAGAAAAUUUAAUUCGGAGGUAGAUGAUCGGCUGUUCAUUUAAAAAUUGAUUGAUAACACCUUUCCAUUGACAUCUAUAACACUUUUUAAUAAUAUAGAUACAUUUCAUACAAACAGAUUACUUCGAUCCACACAGAUUUUUUGGUUUACGAUAUUUAUUAUCCCUAAAAACUUUCUUAUUUAUUUGAUCAAUCACUAAACGAACAUCCGAGUAUCUAGCGAAUGUCAUUGAUUCCCUGGGCAGAUCGCGGCCUGGAGAUAACAAUUCUACAAUCGUAGUCUUUCCAUUUUAUAAUGGUCUAGUCUAGUGGAUCGUGUAGGUGCCGUGCUUCGCAGUAAACAUCGUUCCGACGUUACAUACAUACAUACAUGUGUUGGUCCUACGUUAGUUGAAACGAUUCUAGACAAAUAUCGAUGACAAUAAUUUCGGGUAAUUACUUUCACGUCCGUUGGCGAACAAAUCGAUCCUGAUGAGAGAAAAAAAAAAAGACAAAUGAAAAUAGCGCAAUCGACGACAAGAACGUGUAUAUUUUUUAACGUUAUUCGAACGCGGUCCCGAUUCAAUUCCCCCAUGUUAACAGUAUUUUGAUUAUAGACGAUCUAGCGAUCCCUCCCCCGAGAUUUUUGAUAUUUUUCUGGAUAGAUAAAAGACGGCAUUUUUUGUCGAGCUGAACGUCUGCUUGAUCGUGGAUCACGUGAAAGUAAAGUUAGUCUUGCUGGCGCGAUAGUUGUUCAUUAAAUAUCUAAUGCAAACGAACAAUAUAGUAGCUGUUACCAUUAAACUAAGAAUAUAUGUGCGAAUCGCUAAAUCAAUUCGGAGAACUCUGUACAUUUGUAUAAAAUAGUCUUCCAAAAGAAACAAAUUAGAAACGGAACAAGUCUAAUUUUUCAUAAACAGUUAACAGUGAACAGAGCGUAUUAAUUGGCAAACGUCGCGCCACAAAUACUAACUUUAUCGUUUCUUCAUAUUUUCUUCUCACUCAUAGAACAGCUCGUAUAAGAAUUUCAUGAUACAGUUAAUGAUUCUCAGUCGUACAUUAAUAAUCGUAAACGUGUAACAAACGAGCGCAUUAAAUUUAUAAAUUAUAGUGAAGAGGGCAAAAAGAAGCUAGCAAACCAAAGUACUCGAUCGUCUCAUUUCAAUUAUAUACGUGUAAUUCUUUAUACAACAUGUUUGGAAAUAUGAAUGGAUAAUUCUUCAAGUAUAAUAUACACAAAUACGUAUAUAAAAAAAAAUUCUUCAAGUAUCUAUUAUGAGCUUAUAGCGAUUUAAUAUAUUCACGAGGAAAAAAAAAGACCGAUAGGUCAUGGAAUAGAAUUCGUUCAGUAGAUAAAUCUUUACUCGAUGUACGUCGAACAAUUUCAUUUUUAAUAUAUAAUAACUGAACAAACAAAAGUGAAAGAGAGCAUACAACAAGGUAGACAGUAAACUUUUACCUCUCGACGGUUUUAUCCGAAGCUAUACAAUGUUUAAAAAAAUGUGAAACAAAUUGCGUAACAGCGCGGGGAAGUAAAAGAUAUAGAUUUUUCUAUAUAAAUUUUAAUAUUGCGACUGGACGAUGCCAAAGACACGACUGCGAUUUCUCCGACUCUAGUCUCUAUCGUUGAACGCGUGUCGCACAACGCGAUUUACAAAAGAGAAAGAUCGAAAGAAGUACGUACGAUAUAUAUACAUACAUAACUAUAUGCAAUCUUCUCUUGGGACUGAAAACGUGACAGUAUCCACCAGACGGUCAAUUGAAAAUGCAAUGUAAAUGUGCACGAACCGUAUAUACCUUAGAGCGUAUGUUACCAGACAUGAGUAAAAUACCACUGGAGGCAGCUUCUUAAACGUUAAAAGUGUAGACGGAUUAAAAAUGUUCAGCUAUACGCUAUCUCUCUCUCACAGACACAGUUAACUAUUCUCUUCCUUACGUAUCAGUAAGCACUUUGAAAUUUGAAAUAAUUCGAAGGAGAAAAAACAGCAUUUGUCUACACUUUCUAUACGUAUGGAAGCUGCCUCUAGUAGCUCUAAGGUAUGUAUAGAAUCGUAUUUAUAGAAUCUCUUCUCUUGCAGUGACUGCAAAUAAGUAUUGGCAUCACUGUGCUUAGUUUACAAAUGAAAUUAUAUAGGAAGCUUCCUUGUUUCAUAAAGCAUGGACUAAAUACUAUUUUACAAAAUGAUAAAAUAUACGUAAACACUUAUUUCUCAGACGGAUUAAAGUUCACUGUUUGCAGAAAUGAUAUACAAAUUAUGCCAAUAUUGCCAAUACUGUUUGCGAUCACUUUAUUUGUAACGCUAUUAAAAACAGUCAGGUGACUCGUUUUAUCGGAAUUUUUCAGCGUCAAGCCUAAUCUUUUUCCUACUAAAUGUCCACUUCGAGCCCAUUAACGAAACGUAACAUACCGUGGCCAGCAUGAUAGUGACGAACGGUGUAACAAUAACGUAAAACUCGUAUCGCGUCUCAUUCUGUUAAAAAAAUUAUUCUUUCUUAACGCAGAAUUUAAAAAUUCUUCUAUCUUACUCCCGACGUUUAAUUGCACAACGAUCAAAGUUCCUUUUACUUAAAAUUUUUACAUUGUUUCUGAAACACGAUCUUAGGCGCGAGAAUUGAAAAUAAUUUCGAACACGCUCGAACAAUUGUAAUCGACAAUCCGCGAUGAGCAUUCGCACGAAUCGAGAAGGAAAUCAUGUUGAGAACAUACAUAAGUCGUUUUCAUCAUCGAGAAACAAUCUCCCGUUUGGGAUAAGAAGAGAAACACGAAUUUACGUUUACACGAUUUUCUAGUUGAAAUACUUCUUCCCCUGAUAUUUCGAGAUGUUUAGCAUAGCGUCCUAUUUUACGUCUCGCGAAUGAAUCUAGUCUUACGUCAGUGAAGAAUAGGGAGUAUGCUGCUUGAAUAAUUGAACGAAUUCGAAGGAGAAUAGCAAAUUGUCCAGUACCCUUUACAUUCUAAACAGAUCACGUAAGCUUAAAGGUACAAAUGAAGCCAGCAUAAAGUUUUUAUUAAUUUGUUCUUUUAUACUGAUUACGAAUACUUCUUUACAUUUUAUAAGAACAUCAGUUUAAAAGAAAAGAUAUUCAACUUUCUGUUUCCAAAAAUUCACGUUCCGCCAUGUUAAGAUUGCAAUCAUGAAUUGUAAAAGGAAUCUUUAGAGCAUCUACGAGUUCUACUAUGCAAUCGACUGAGGCGAGAGAUCAAGUGUCGAUCACGUCGCUAGUUCUUUCUCUUCUUCAUUCGACUGUUCAACGUGGGGCUGUGAUUGUCAUGAAAAAACUAAACUAAAUAAAAAGUAAUAAUAAAGAGUGGCCGUAGCACAAUGCGCGAAGUGAAAGUAGAACUUCGCAUUCGUUUCUUUGCCGCGACUGCUUGACGAAACUAGGUAUUGAUCUGAAGAUCUUUAUGUAAUUCGUUUGAUAAACGCCUUCGUAGUUCACUAUGGUCUUCCCGUCGAUGCUUAACGUUCCCUCGUUGAAAGGUUUCAUUUGUAAUAGAAUAAACGACAAAAGACGCGAGCGGUCAGAUAAACAAGAAGAAAAAACAUAAAAGAUAAACCACGACGAGAUUUCUAUUGUGAAUCUUUUUACGAGGAAGGAGGCCCGUUUUAUCUCGUGGUAGGUUCGGUUUUUACGCUUCGAGCGAUUGCACGAUUGAGAGAUCGAGAACGCGCGAAUGGGAGAGCGAGUGAGAGAGAAUGCUGAAAACGUAUGAAGAUGCUUACCUACCUACGACAAUUUAUAAUUUAUAUUACCGAACGUUUCAUUUGUAUCGACGAUAUAUGAG